GUCGAAUUUGCAUGGCUCGUAGUGGUUGAGCGAAGUCCGGGUUUUUUGGUUUUGGAUAUUCAUCACCUUCUUGCAUCAUUACGACCGCUCUAGCGUGUAAUGAUUCGAAGGUGAUGGAUCGGGAGAGGGGCGUGGUGGACACCGGAUGGGCAGGGCUCCAGGAUGCCGAUGUACAGAACGCUAUAGCUACGCUUGCCGCCAUGAAGGCAUACAAGUCGCGGAAUGACGUUGCCAUGGUGAUGAUGCCGCCAGGGCACGGCCAACAGGAUGGGUUGAUGCUCGGUUUAGUAGGAGCCCAGGGGGGAGACCGACGGGAUCUGCUGAGUCAGUUGGCGGGGCAGCACCCUCCACACAGUCAACACCAGCUACUCAGUCGAUCUCCUGUGAUGAAUCCUGAUAUGUUGAGAUUUGCAGCGUCGUCGCAUCCUAAUGCAGGGGCAAGGUCAGUGUCAAAUUGGCCAAAGAAAUUGAAUGGACCGGAACACCAGAUGCCAUUUGGUGGGAAUGACGUCGUGUCUUCUGCGAUGACAACACAUUCAAUGUCACAUUUGGGACAGAAUUCAAGAUGUAAUUCCGUUGUUGAUCUGAUGAUGCGGCCUCCAUUUCCUGUCCUGGGGUCAGUGAGCAGUGUGGAAAGUCUGAACAUGAAUACUCAUGGAAUGUAUUCUAUACCAAAAGUAACUGAUGAUCUCUUCAAAACACCUACUCAGGGAAACUCUGGCAAAAUGGCAUACAAUCCAACAGUAUCUUUACCACAGCAAGACUACCAGCAACAUCAGCAUGGCCUAGACUUAUCAGGCAGUUUUAACAUCCAGCAAAACAUUAACCUUCCAGCAUCAAAACAACAGAAUGACUUCAUCAGAAAUGAUCCUUUCUCACAGUCAUCUUUGAUUCCAGAUUCUAAAUUUGAAAUGAAUGUUUCAAGAAAUUCCAACUUUAUGCAUUCUAAUCAUCCGUUCAAUGCUAGGCAGGAAACUGGUUUGACAAAGGAUUUGAAUUUCUUGCAGAAUGGCCCAACAUCUGAAUCUAUGUUACAAAAAGGACUCUCUGCUAUGUCAGGAGAGUUGAGAGUUUCACCGCAAGCUUCAUUAUCUCCCUUCCAUAGUCAGAGUUCUUCUAGAGAUGUGAUGGCAAGGGUAAGAAGUGAAGACAUUGAACAGAUGUCUAGAGAUUCUUUCACCAGACCUGCUCAACAGUCCAGCAGACCUGUAUACCACCAGACACAGUCUCAUGACUCUCUCAGGAAAGAUCUGCAUUCACAGUCGAACAACUUCAACAAAGAUGGAAGUCAUCAUCAAAAAUAUGUUGAUCCAUUACUGCAUAAUACUAUGUACAAAGAACAACAUGCAAAUAGACAGGAAAAACAACCACAAGGGUUUCAGUUGUCAUCUUCUACAAGUGGAUUUUCAGAAAAUAUGGCUGUUAGUAGCCAUGUGCCAAGACAGGAAAAACAACCACUAGGGUUUCAGUUGCCAUCUUCUACAAGUGGAUUUUCAGACAACAUGGCUCUUAGUAGCCAUGCAACAAGACAGGAAAAACAACCACAAGGGUUUCAGUUGUCAUCUUCUACAAGUGGAUUUUCAGAAAACAUGGCUCUUAGUAGCCAUGCACCAAGACAGGAAAAACAACCACAAGGGUUUCAGUUGCCAUCUUCUACAAGUGGAUUUUCAGACAACAUGGCUCUUAGUAGCCAUGCAACAAGACAGGAAAAACAACCACAAGGGUUUCAGUUGUCAUCUUCUACAAGUGGAUUUUCAGAAAACAUGGCUCUUAGUAGCCAUGCACCAAGACAGGAAAAACAACCACAAGGCUUUCAGUUGCCAUCGUCUACAAGUGGAUUUUCAGACAACAUGGCUCUUAGUAGCCAUGUGCCAAGUUUUUCUUCAUUCUUUGGAUCUGGCUCAAAUGUAAGUUCUAGCAAUGAGAAACCAGACCCAUGGACAAUUCAUUCACCUGAUGGUUCAAAUAAUUGCAGACAAAAUGUAUCAAGGCCUCUCUCACAGUCACCCCAUGGAACAAAUGCAUUUCACUCUCCACACAGUUUUCAAAAUGAAUCAAGUCCUUUGAAUCAGCAAGCAGCAAACGAGAGACAAACUAUGAAUCACCAGUAUCAUGUUCCCCCCUCAAGAAGUGCUAACAGUCAGCAACAUGACAUAAACAAGCAUGCACAAAGACAACCAAAUACAUUUAAUCCACCAUCUCAGAUGGAAAAGAAGGAGCCGAGUCCCAAAUAUCCAUUCCAGUCUUCGGGGUCUUACUCGGAGAGUGACGGACUGUUUCUACCAGCAAGUCAUCAAGUUGGUGGUCAGGAUGUGAACACGCAGAAGUCAAUGAUGACACCUAUUACCAGCUCUAGUGUUACUGGAAGUCAGCCCAACUCUAAGAGUCAGCUGCAGAGUAACUCAGGGCAUGGUUUUAAGGACUUUAUGAUGGACCACACAGCUAAUCUGCAUAACUCAAAUGUAGGUUAUUCUAUGCAGCAGAAUCCUUUCAAAAUCCCUCCCACCCCUCCUGCAUAUCAACAGAAACAACUCUUACCAGAGAAAUUGCCUUCAAAGAAUACGCACAAGGAUGAAAAAUCAAAAUUGUUAAAUAAUGUCAUGCCAUCUGCUCAUGGGAAAAGUUCUAUUGCUAAGCCAAAACCCAUUAGAAGUAACCCAAGGAAAAAGAAGGUUGUAAGCCCAAAUGGUCCAACUCAUCAAACAAAUGUGUCAUCCCAGAUUUCUAAAAGUUUUGCAUUGUUUCCACCAUUUUCACCUAAAAAUGAUAUUGCUCGAAACAAACCCAAAAUAGGUCCUGGUAGUGAAAAAAAGAUUUCUGAUCUAAUGGAAUCAGAAGUUGACAGGAAAUUGUUGGCAAUGUUCCCACAGUACCGGUUCUAUUUGGAUCAGAAUGUUAAACCUAUGGAAGAAAUUAUGCCACUUCCAGGUGAAAAUGCCAUUAUGAAGAAGAUACAAAAAGCUGGAGAAGUCAAGAAGAAAAGAAAGCUGAAAAAAGAACCUGAUGUUCUAUCAAACAUCAAGAAAGAAAUGCCUCAAGGUUCCACUAAUGAUUUGUCUAAUGGUAUCUCUCAUGGCAUAGAACUAGGGGACAUAAAUCAGUCUGUUCCAUCAAGUAAGAAAGACGAAGGAAACAUCAAUGCACAAGGACAAAAAUCUGAAAUAACUGAUCAUAGCCAUCCAUCAGGUCAGGCUGAAAGAUGUGAAAUGUCUUCAGGAUCCACAAAUGACUCUAAUCAACCACUAGAUAGUUUUAAAUUUGGACCUCAAACCAAAGAGUCCAGUUCAUCGUCAACUACAGACAUGAAGUCACAACCAGGCCAGAAGUCUUCUGGAAUGUGCUGUUCUGGUUGUGAAGAUGUGGGUGUUAUGUUUUCUAAGCAGUGUCAGAACAAGAUCAGUCGUGGCUUGAUGCAACAAGCAGCAGUAGCAACAACAGCAGCAACAGCAUCAGGAGCAGCAUCAACAACAUGUCCAUCCAAUAAGUCAUCUACAUUUGAUUUUUCCUUCCCGGACAUCACCAGUAAUAGCGUCAUGUCAUCAAAUUCACAUUCUGUUAACAGCGGUGUAGAUAGGCCUGUGACAGUUUUUUCUUCAUCUCAAAACAUUACUACAUGUGCAUCCAAUUCAGCAAGAAACACAUCUGCUGUUUCUAGCCAGGUUAAUCAUUACAAUAUGGACUUAAAGCAGUUGAAUAAAAAAUCAUCAGAUGGUUUCAGUUCUGAAGAUGUUGCUUGUGGUUCUAACAAAAACAAUGGGCACGAUCUUUGUAGCAAACAGAGUGCAAGUGCUGGUAGUGAGGGAAAAGAAAACAGUUUUCUGGAUAGUGCUAAUGGCUGCUUUAACAAAAUGGUGAAAAAGGAGUGCCCCGAUUCUUCUGUUUUGUCUGAUGGAAAUAAAUGUGAAAGUGCUGUGAAAGAUGAAAAUUCUGAAGACAAGGAAACAGGUGGGAGUCCAUGGGAAGACAUGCCCCUAAACAACCUUCAGGCAACGAUUCAGAAGUUGUUUGACAGGGUUUACAGUGACAAGAGUGACGACAUGGAUUUGAUUAGCAAGUUUGAGCAGGGUCACGGCAAUGUGGAAAUCUCUCCACAGAAGUUGGCAUCGAGCAAGAUGCAGGAGCAAAUUCCCAAGCAUAUCACUCCUCCAUCAUCGCCAAUGAACAAGCAGCAGCACGUUGAAACCAGCAGCAACCUGUCUUCACCGUGUGAGAAGCAGCAGACGCCGGGGACCACUCCAGAAAAGUCCAAAGUCCAUUUUGACAUCGAUGGUGUGUGGGCCAACGGCCGGCAGGUUUCCUGUGGGUUGUCUGAGAGUCUGGAUGAUCAUCUGAGGAACAACCGGGUGGAGGUGCCGUGCUGCACCUGUCUAGGGCCUGGAGCUGUGCCUGAAGAAACCGAAGGUCCAUACUACACACAGCUGGGGUCAGCCAGAAACAUGCAGGCCAUACGAGCCAAGCUGGAAGCCAGGACUGGGAUGACUGGCCAUGCGAUUCGGAUUGAGAAAGUACGUUAUACUGGCAAGGAAGGGAAGACGUCUCUUGGCUGCCCUAUGGCUAAAUGGAUAAUCCGUCGAUCGAGCUAUGAGGAGAAGUACCUGUGUGUUGUCAAACAGCGGCGAGGCCACUUCUGUGAAAACGCGAUGCUCAUCAUUGUGCUGGUGGCCUGGGAGGGUGUGCCCCUGGACGAGGCUGACGGACUGUACAGCUACAUCAGCACCACCGUCACAAAGGAAGGCAACGAAACCGAGCGAAGAUGUGGAACUAAUGAAAGACGAACGUGUGCAUGCCAAGGUAUUGACAUGAUUCGGCGGGGAGCCUCAUUCUCAUUCGGGUGUUCGUGGAGCAUGUAUUUCAAUGGCUGCAAAUUCGCAAGAAGUCGAAAUGUCCGCAAGUUCAAACUCCAGGACACAUCUAAGGAGGAGGCUUUGGAGAAUUAUAUGCAGGAAUUGGCAUCACGUGUUGGACCUCUGUACAAGAAAGUGGCACCAGAUGCUCACAGGAACCAGUGUCUGUUCUCUGAAGAGGGUCAGGAAUGCCGAUUGGGGAAAAACCCGCCAAAGGAAAAGCCGUUUAGUGGAGUGACAGCGUGCGUGGAUUUCUGUGCCCAUUCUCACAAAGAUCUCCACAAUAUCAACAAUGGAUCCACGGUGGUUGUGACCCUGUCGAAGAACCGAGGGAUACACAAACCGGAUGACGAGCAGCUCCACGUUCUUCCGCUCUAUGUCCUCGAUCCGACCGACGAGUUCGGCAGCUCCGAGCGCCAGAUGGAGAAAAUCCGGUCAGGAGCUUUAGAAAUACUGACCAACUUCCCGUGUGAGGCGAGGAUUCGCUCGAAACCACUGACUCCUUGUAAGAAGAGGGCCAAGAUGACCAAGGCCCUGUUACAGAACAAAGAGCAUGUGAGAUCCUUGAAGGAAAAGGCUCUGCAAGAGACCCAGCAGAAGUCAAAAGUCAACGUGGAAGCAGCGCAGAAGAAGAAGAGUGAAGCUUCUGCUGAUGUGCAUGUCAGAGACACGAUCCCGGACGGAGCCCAAAAGGGAAGUUUUGAGCAGCUCAUAGCACUGUCAGGACUUCCUAACUAUCAGGAUCUGUACGAAAAGUUCUGGGAUUUCUUUUAUUCAAAUGGUUCGUUCCCACCGGAAACGUUUCUCUCCAAAUGGGCGGAAGCAAGAGGUCAGGUGAUUUCUCCAGCCAGUCAUCAGAAUGCGGGAAGUGAUGCUUCUGCCGGACAGAAUCCUUCGGUUCGUCCUUCGCCUCAUCCAAUCUCACAGCUGUCGAAUCAGCAGCAGAUGGACGUCAGUAUGCAACGACCACCUGAAGCCAGAUUUGGCCAGUCACAACCAGAUGGAUUUGGUCUGCAGAUGUCUAAUUUGGCAUCAUGUAAUCCGAAUUCAGGCAAUGGAGAUCCUCCGAUGAAAAAACAGUGUUUGAUGAUGCCCAGUGUGGGAGAUCAUCCUGUCGAUCUUACAAACACUUGUGAGAAUUCUAGGCAGCCAUCUUGUGGAUCUGCCAAUAGCGGACAACAGAACAUUCAUCCUCAUCAUCCUUCGGAACAUCCUCGAUCUCAGGAAGUGCGUCCCAUGUCGGCCGUACCAUUCAAUUCUCCACUGGACAUGUUGUGUGAGGCAGCAAUGAGAACCGACCCACCCCGACCUCAGUCACAUCCACCCUCAUUGUCGUCUGUGCCUUACCCUUACCAUAAUGCAUCACUGCCAGGGGAUAGUUCACAGCUCUCUCAGGCAGCAAGUAAUAAUCGAUUCACUUCAUCACAACAUCCUAUGCAACAAACUGCAUUACCACUGCCAACAAACAAUCCCAACAGCCAUUCCAACUUCAGUGUGAAUGCUAGAGGAACAACUAGCACCAAUGUGUGUGCUAACAAUUCUUUCUGUGAUCCAAAUGAACAGUUUAUGUGCAAUCCUAACCAACAGGCAGCCAUGUUUCAAAAUGGCUGCAAACAGCAGCAGCAGCUUUCAUUUCUGAACGGUGGGGUCCACCAAGAGGAGAAAAGUGAGACUGUGAAAUGUUUGGGGAACAGCAGCAGCACCAUUUUGGAAGACAGUUUCAUCGACCCGACCGUGGUUCGCUGUGAAAUGGACUACAACGAAUCCAACUUCCGUGAUCCGCAGAUCGGAGGUGUGGCCAUUGCCCUGGGGCAUGGUUCUGUGUUGUUUGAGGUGGCCAAACGGGAACUCCAUGCAACGACGGCGCUCCGAAGCCCAAACCGAUACCACCCGACGCGGAUCAGUCUCGUGUUCUACCAGCACAAGAAUCUGAACUACGCAAAUCACGGUUGGGCGGAACACGAGAAGAAAAUGGAGCUGCUGCAUGAGAAGAGAAUGAGAGCAGCUGUCGACAAAGGUGUCGAUGUUGAAGAUCUCAAACCAGGCAAGCGGAAGAAGAAGAAGGAAGAAAGUCCAAAGAUCGACUUUGCCAAAACAUCUGCUGCUCAGUAUAAAUACAUGUGGGAUGCUCCAGUGCGACAUGGGCUGUCCUUUACAACAGACUCUAUUAUCACCCGCUGGAUCGAUCCGCAGCCAAUGGUUUCGGGGCCGUACCAACGCUGGGUGUGAUAUUUGCAUAUACCAACUGUGAUUUGGGUGAUUGUUAUUUCAUUUGUUACACUGCCAUCAUCACUGUCUAAAAUGUAUUUCAUUUUAAAGGAACACUGAUUUAAAAAAAUAAUAAUAAUUAAUUUGGACAUGGCACAUCUUUCAGAUAUAUUUAUUUGUUAAAUUUGAACAUAUAAUGCUUUCAGUUAUUAACCUAAUGUCAAUUCAUUCCUUUAUUUAAAUUUUAAUUCAUAUAUGUGUUUAUGAGAGUAAAUGUUUUUCUGAAUUUAGUACACAUGUACACAUGUAGGUUUCAUUAUAAAAUAAACCAUGCAUUUUAUUGAUACAUUAGGGGACAGCACCUUAUAUUGAAUAUUUUAUAGAUUAAACAGUUUUCGUAUUGAGUGUCAAUUUUUGCUGUUGCUGUUCCUUCAUAAAACAUAAUAUAAGAAAACAUGUAAAUUAAAAACAAAAUUAAAUUUAAUUUGUAUACCAGUAAUAAUUAUAUAGCAUCUGUUUCACUUGUAAACCAUGGUGGUUUAAUGUGCUUUUUCUUCAGUCAUAUACAUAUAAUAUAAUUAUUUUGAGUAAAAAUGUUCAGAGAGAAGUCCUAAUUAACUUGAGAUGGUGGUGUUUCAAAAUGAAUACAUUCAUUCAGUCAUGCAUUCUGUGAUCAUUGUUUUCCCCAAGGGACAUAACUGCAUGUAUUUUACUAAGAGAAGUCUGUGAAGUGGGACUCUCUUCCAUACUUUUAAAUCAUCUGUUUGUUACUGCAUCUUUUUUGUACUGCUUCAUUGGUAUAUUUACACAGUAUAUACAGUUUUUUUUAAUUUGUUAUAAACUUGUUAAAUGUUGCACUUCACGUAUAAAUUUUAUUAGAUGGGAAAUGAAUUUACAAUUUUUAAUGAAUUGAAUUUUUAUUGAUGUAAUUAUUUCUUUGUGAAAACAAUUAAUAUUUUAGCCAUUUUUUGUUGAUUCUAUCAUUCAUUUUACAAAUAUUUGUGUUGUUAAUGGGGAAAUAUAUUGUUAGUUUUUAAACUAAUGUGUUGUUUUGUCUGUUGUUCAAGAUGAUUAUUAUUCUAUAAGUGCUGGGUUUUGUGCUGUGCUAGAAUAAUUUGGGGAGCAAUAAUUGUUGAUUAAGGUUUUCUAAUGUUAAACGUGAUUGAUAAUAUAGUGGAUACGGUUUUUAUUCGCUAACUUGUAACACAUUUUGUACAUUUGAAUAUAAAUCUUUAUAAUGGUAGACAAUUAUUUUGUAUUCAUGUUGAAUUUUAUAAGGAAAAUAUUUUGACUGCAACAAACUUAAUAAUUAGCAUAAUUUAUGGUCCUUUGUAUCCAUGAUCCUCAGGGUAUAAACAAAUUUACGUCCAUCAAAAGUGGUUUCAUUAGUGUUGUUCAGUUGUACAACGUAAGUGUCCUCUAGUUAAGUACCAUCAUGAUCACAAGUACUGGAAUAAAAUUUAAUGUAAAUAUUAGUAAUUUGAAGAACAGUUAACCUUUUUUCAUAUUUAGUCAUUAAUCAUAUACAUCUACUCAACAAAAUUAAUUUAAGGGCCAUUAGAUAUUUUCGGCUUUUUUCUUUAUAUACGGUACUAAAUACGAUAACCCCACUUGUACGCAUUUACAAAUCAUCUGUGAUCAAAAUUUACUAACAUAAUAUAACGAUAGCAAAAAUUUACCAAAAAAUCUACUAACUGUUGACAUAUGACAUUAGUAGCAAUAAACAAGUAUACUAUUUCACUAGUACAUGUAUAACUGUACAAAAAUAAAUUACUAUUAGCUUGUACAUGCAUUUUUAAAAAACUAUUGUCAAUGGUAAAAUUGUUAAAAGUAUUUUUGGGUGAAUCUUUAUGACUAAAAGUACUCCAAUAGUCCUACAAUUCUGUGAAUUACUAUUUUAGAAAAAUCUAGUUUAAAUUAAUACCGCACAUAAUGAGCUAUUUAAAAUGUCAUUAUUAGUUACGACUUGGAGAUUUUAAAGCAUAUUUCAGUUUUUAGUUUUUUGGAAAUAAAUAUAUUCUAGUUAGUUUUUGCUUCUCCUAGCUAAAUAAUUAUUUUAUGACAAUAAUUUCCAUUCAUGUGUAAAGAAUAUAAUUUUUAAUUAAAAAAACCCCCAACUAAAUAAAGCAACACCCUAAAAAAAAUAUAAAAAAAAUAAAUUCCCUCUUAAUAUAAUAUACAGAGGUGUAUACCAGGUACUAGUAUCUGCAGUCUCCAAGAUUUGUUUUGUUGAACAUGUUAAAAUGUUAUGUGAAAUUGUUUUUGUUUGAAGUUGAACUUUGACCUUAAAGCAUGUCACAGAGAACUUGAUAAACGUGGAGUGCAGUUUGUAGGUCAUUAAACAAAAUCAACAACCCACUACACCAUAAGGUUUGUGAAUAGUGUUUAUUUAAAAUAAAUUCAACAUUAGACCAUAAUAAAAUAAAUCCUAGAUUUUUUAUUCAUGCUCUCACACCCGAAAGGAUAAAGGCUCUCACUCCUCCUUUUUUUACUCGGGUACAUGGCGUUUUUAAUAUCCUGAAAAUAUCACGUCACCCCUCCUUGCUCCCAUUUUGAAAAAAUAAAUUUAAUGAACGUCUAGCAUUUAUUUUACUAUGACCUUAAUAGACAAAAAGGUGUGCUGUACUGAGAGUACACCUACCUACAGUACUAGGUUUUCAAUAAGUAGCAGGAGACAGGUAUAUUAUGUGCAAGUUCCAUACAAACAAUUUAUACUUUAUUGUAAUGCAAAUUUAUUUGAUUAAUAUCGGUUCUACAAACAAUUUAUACUUUAUUGUAAUGCAAAUUUAUUUGAUUAAUAAUUUAUACUUUAUUGUAAUGCAAAUUUAUUUGAUUAAUAUCGGUUCCACAAACAAUUUAUAUUAUUAAUAUCAGUUCCACAAACAAUUUAUACUUUAUUGUAAUUCAAAUUUAUUAGAUUAAUAUCGGUUCCACAAACAAUUUAUACUUUCUUGUAAUGCACAUUUAUUAAGUUAAUAUCAGUGUCAUGAUAAAGUAGCAGUGUCAUGCCAGUGUAAUAAGUUAUCUAUUUUACUAUGAAGCUAAAUAUUUCAUGAACAUGUACUCGUAUCUAUUCGCUUGGUUGCUACAUGUUAAAAUAUUAGUCGGAUGGUAUUAAGUAGUGUAUAUCAUCAUACUGAAUGCUCUUAAGAGAAAUGUUAUGUGAUAAAUGUAUUAUAAAUAUGCUUUGUAUUCAUGUUAACAGAAACACAUUUUAACAUGAUACAAAAUGAAGUUGUUUUUUUCUUCUUCUUUUUUCUUUUUUUAAGAUAUACCUGUAGUAUGGUAAUGAAGAUUUUUAAUUUUUAAUUUUUAUUAUUUAAAACCUUUAUUUAAAAAUCAAACUUUUUGAGAUUCAGUAUUGAACAUUUUAGCCCUUACUUUUGAUAGCCAGUGUUCUAAUUGAUGCUUGUGUACCAAUGGAUUUGUAUUUAGUCGUCUUACUCUUUAUUGUAUCAUUAACGAUUUGUACUUGCUGUAUGUAAAAGUAAGUACACCGUAUGUUUGUGAUUUGGUUUCAGUUGGCCAUUAUUGUGAUAUUUUGCUGGGUAUUUCAAAGUAUUCACAUUCAUAAUUUCACUGCUUUAAUUGCCAGUCUUGGUUUUUUGAUUUUAUAAAUUAUUUCUACAUGUUAUUUAGUUUAUAUGGUCUUCUUUUAAAAACAUUUAAUAUAAAUCUGUUUUAAUUAAGUGGUAAAAAUGUUAUGAACAUUUAAUUUUUUGUAAAUGUGACAAUUGUAAAAUCUUCUUCUUUUUUUCUUUUUUUCUUACUUGCAUGAGUGAUAAUUUUUAAUGUAAUCUAAUGAAUAGCAUCCUACCUAAAUAUAUCUUUUGCUUCAAAGUGUCAUUUCUGACAUACACAUGACAAUUAUAAACCAAAUCUACGAACGGUAUUUAUCUUUAGGCAACUUUCCUAACAACUAUGUAUAUUGAUUAAUAUAUGAUAAACACAGAUGUAUGAACACUCCAUACUUUAUCCAUGUUUAAGAAUGUAUCUCGAAAUAAAAAUGUGAUGAUUGCCAUUUUUAAAUUUGGCUGUCUGAAAAUGUGCUAUACAGUACUACUACUACUACUACUACCGUACUACUACUAUAUAUAAGAUUAUGAAAAUUCAAGAUUCAAAUUAGUUAUGAACCCACCAUAACUAUACAAGAGUGGAUAUAUAGUGUUAAAAUUAAUUUAUUCCAUUGUGUUAAAUUUAACACACCCAGCAGUAUUGGCAUAUUCCAGAUUUUAAUUUUUUUUAAAUUAUAAAAUGGGAGGAAAUUAAAAAAAAAAAAACAUUUAAUUUUUAUUAUAAUUUCCCCCCAAAUAUCAUUCAAAUAUUGGUGUUUUAAACAUAAAUAUUGACAUACCAUGAUCUACUUGAAAUUGUUUUAUUAUAAAAGUUUCUCUGAAACCAAGCAUUUCAUGUUUCAUUUUUAGCCCAUUUUUAUUAGACCCGAGAAGCAAAAACAAUCAAAUAAAACACAUUUUCAGAUAGUAUGCAAGAGAUGUUUUUAGAUAUUUUAAAAUGUAUAAGCUGCAGUCAUUGUGCAGGAAAUGACGUUACUUUUGACAUAAUGGAAAAAACUCCCACUAGGAUACAUUCUUUCCUAAAAGAUCAAAAGUAUAUUUCAUUAAAACAAAAACAUUAAAAAAAAUUGUUUCAAAGACAAUUUAACAUACUUUGGAAGGUAAAUUCCACAGUAUUUUAAAUUGUCUUUGAAACAAGUUAGAAUAGAAAAGUUUAGUACCAGCAAAUUUAUACAUUUUUACUGGAGAGGAGAAAACUAAUUCAAGUUUUAUUUCCAUUAUUUUGUAUGAACAUCAUGUUAUGCUGGAUUCAUCAUUAACCAGACAUUUUAGGGCUCAAAGUUAUGAUCUAAGGGCCUAGGUAUGUACCCAGAUAUGGCAUUUUUAUUUAUACAAGCUUUUUCAUUCAUUUAUUGUGUCAUCGAUAUGAAACUGUCCUACUUUCAGUAAUUAUGUGAGUUUAUUCUGUUUUUCUGUUACGUUUCAGGGAUAUACUAUGAUCAUAUUUAUAAGUAAAUAUUGUGUAUCAUUUUCAUUAUUGUUAUGCAUAUUGUUUAUAACUUAACAAAUUGUAAAUUCCCAACGGGUAUUUUCAUUAAUAAUUGUACAGAGUAUCAGUGUAUUGUAUUAUUUACAUCACCGAGUAGAUAUUUUUAAUUUUAUUAAUGCAGGGGCAAUCCUUUAAAACACUUGGUUUGCUGUAAUCCAAUAUAUUAUUUUAGUCAUUUUUGUUGGUAUUUUCAAUUUUGUAAAAUGUAAUGGGCUGAAUUUAUAAAGCCUGUUUGUCUUACAAACUACAAACAUUUACAAUGGUUGAACUCCUGGCUUUAAGAAAAACAGGCUUCGUAAAUUCGGCACUUUAUUUUUAUAUUCUGUAGGAAACGGAGAAAGUAAGAAAUAGCCUGAAAAAAAAAAAAAGAGUCUGUUGUGAUUGUUUUUAAAUUUUAAAAAUGUAUUGGAAAAAAAGGUAAGAAGAAUAAGAUCGAAUUCAAAACUCAAGUCAGUUGCUCUUUUUCUCUGUCAUCGGGUUACAGCCAACUUUUAAUGUUUUUUAUGGUCAGCCUCGUUUUGUUUUGCAUAUUCAUCUUCAUUCUUUCUUAAAGAGAGUUUCCCUAAUAUUCAAUAUUCCUGCUACUAAUGUAUUGUAGUAAUUGUACAUAAUGAAUGAAAUAGUCUAUUUUAAUUGUAAGGUAUCAGUAGAGAGCAUCAGAUUGUGGAUUAGUUAAAGAAAACGUGUUGAGUAGCUUGUGAUUGGGCAUGUGCGGUAGUUCUGUACACUGCAAUGUGUUAGAUGGUUGAUCACAAAAAAUAAAGCCAUAUUUAUUUC